AUGUUCUCAGAUCUUCCAGCUUCAUAUGCCAUCAUAGACAUGUAUGUCGUUGCAUGAGCAGUCACGAGGAGAAAUUCCAUCCGGAGACCCAUUUCAUCCGUUGAGGACGGCAUCAUAGAUGAAGUCGACAUCGACGGUGACCCUGGUGUAUCGACCUGGCAGGAGUCCGCAGAUGGAUACUCGGUGCGAGUCCACUCCCAUGGCGCGGUGGAGAGGGAAGAGAACCCCGUGAUCAUCGGAGGGAGUCCUGCAACCAUCAGGGAAGCACCAUGGCUCGCCUUUGUUGAAUACACCAUAGCUGGCAAAUCUUCUUGGUGCACAGGUUUCAUCAUCGACCAGCGCCACGCCCUGACUGCUGCUCACUGUCUCAUAAAUGGUAAUCAGCAACAACCUAUUGCUGUCUUUUUUGGUCUGUGUCCAGAGGUAAUUGACCCAUUAUGCAUUUCCUCUCCAAUCAAGGACAACGCGGGCUACGGCACUAAUUACCAACAGGGAUAUGACAUCGCCGUGAUCAAACUGGCGAACCCCUUGAACUUCACGCCCUCCAUCCAGCCGAUCUGCAUAGCGAGGUCCGACAACUUGAACAGUGCGACAGCAUGCACUGCCAAGAUGUUUGGUUGUGGUUCCACCGCCACAGAUGGCAAGACUUAUCCCACUAAUCUGCAGAAAGUGGAUGCUGUCGUCCUCCCCAGGGAUUCCUGUUCCGCUGAGUAUAACAGAGGGAUCAUAUGCGCCAGCAGUCGCACGACAGGGACUGGAACAUGUUCUGGGGAUAGUGGGGGACCUUUGGUCGUGUACGUCAACGGCAUAGCCUAUGCCAUGGGGGCGGAUUCGUAUGGUGUAAAGCCGUGUUCAUCCAGGCCCACCCAUUAUACUCGCAUCACCUCCCAUAUCGACUUCAUCUACUCUGAAGUCAUCAAAGGGUGA